UGUUGACUCAACCUUGGUUAAACAAACCGCAUGCUUCCAAUCCUCUCCUCUGUGCACUAUGCGCACCACCACUUUAUAUACUCAUUCAUAAUGAUUCACAUUUCAGAGACGCCCCCUAACUCAACUACUCUACGCCAUGAUCCCAAACCUUCACAUUCCUCAAUCAGAAAAUGGAACUCUCUCUCCAUUCUCUUCCAAUGCACUUGAAACACACGCGCUGGCCGAGGUUUUCGACCUUUUCUCCACAGAUCAGUUCCGAAUGUACCAAUUCAAGGUGAGGGAGUGUCCACGUGGCAGGUCACAUGACUGGACGGAGUGUCCGUACGCCCAUCCCGCCGAGAAGGCUCGCCGCCGAGACCCUCGCAAGUACCACUACUCCGGCACGGCCUGCCCCGAUUACCGCAAAGGAAAUUGCAAGAAAGGUGACACGUGUCAGUUCGCUCACGGCGUCUUCGAAUGCUGGCUACACCCCUCUCGCUACAGGACUCAGCUCUGCAAGGACCGGACUGGUUGCCGGCGCAGAGUUUGCUUCUUCGCUCACACCACCGACCAACUCCGUUCACUCUCGCCCGAACCGUUUGUUUCUUCUCCCACCUCCGUCAUUAACUCUUCGUUCUCCGAGUCGCCACCCGCUUCGCCCGGUAACUCUCGAUACCGUGCCUUACCUGUGAGUGUACGCGAAUUGGUUAACUCAAUGCGGAAUGUUCAACUGGAGGAGGGGGCUUCUUCGAGAUGCGUGUUUGGGUCGCCACGUGGCGGGUUUUUGAGUUUGAAUGGGUGGGAAGAAGAACCUGCUAUGGAGAGGGUGGAAUCGGGAAGAGACCUUAGAGCGAAAAUAUACGCGAAGCUUAGUAGGGAGAAUUCGAUUGGGCCGUUUUCAACCCCUGCCCCUGAUAUUGGAUGGGUCUCGGAACUGGUGAAGUGAAGAUGAAACUUGGAAGGAGUUUAUCGCUGGUUCUUAUGAAUGAAUUCGAUGCUGGCCUUUUGAUUUGGCUAUGUAUAGUUGAGUUGUAUAUAAUGCAAUGGAAUAAAAUUCUGUGUACAUAGUUGAGAAGCUUGAGACUGUUUGAGUCUCUCUGUUUCUCUGUUUUGUAAUUUGACAUUUUUAGUUAUGUUCUUUGUCAUGGCUGCCGAAGAUUGAGUGGCAGUUCAUUGUAUCCAUUGUUUAUUUUCGAUUUGAUUUUCUGUUCCGAUGUAUGUCUGAGAAACAUCAGAAGAAGCUUGAAAAAUGAUGUUCUUUUUAUGCUGAAUAAUAAUGAAAUGUAAGUACAUUUUAUUCGAGUCUUGGAAGCAAAAAUUCGAUUACUUGAAGCGAAAUUUCUCUUCUUCUCUUAUUUGACCAAUGGAAUUGAUUCAUCUUCGGAUUUCUUAACCUCUUGCCUACAAUUAUGUAUGAUAAAUGGUUGGGAAGCUUAGAUUCUUCAAGUAUAAUUGUUUGGGCUUCUUCAUGAUUUUUUAUUGUUCUUAGUCAUGCCCAUUUUCUUUGAUUUUGGAAUUUUCAGAUCACCUGCAAUUUAGGCGUUUGAGACCAUCUUUCUCGCGCUCUAUUGUAUGAAGUGGUCAUUGUUUAUCUCCAUAAAUUACGCGAUUGCAAUGUAUGU